AUGCCUGCCUCUGUAGAGCCCGAAGACCAGACAUAUGUCCUCUCCCACCGUUCCAAGCAAACGGAAGAACACGAGCGGCUGAACCGACAGCACAACCUCAUCCAGCAGACGUUUCUCAACAAUCAGCUCAUCCACCCUCCCAUCCCGCUGUCGUCUCUAACGGGUGGAAUUGCUGACAUUGGCUGCGGAACAGGCAUUUGGCUGCAGGAAGUAGCUCAGUCCUUACAAUCCCCAGGCGGGGCCUCUGCAUCCCCAACCACAACAACCCUCCCAUCUCUUGUUGGCUUUGACCUGAACGCAGCUGCGUUCCCCGAGAACCCCACUCCAGGAAUCCACCUUGUGCAGCACGACUGCACCAAACCUUUCGAUGCCCGCUAUCAUGGGCAAUUUGACCUGGUCAAUAUCCGCGGCCUUGCGUAUGCAAUUACGGAGGAGAAGCUCUCUCGAGCGCUUGACAAUGCAUUGCUACUCUUGAGACCAGGAGGCUAUCUCCAGUGGACGGAAAGCGAAGCCCGACUUUUUAAAGUAUUUCCGGAAACACCAGAUAUGCUGAAAGCAAUGGAAAUCAUUGAUGUGGAGAGACGGGCUCGCGAUCUAGUACCUUAUAUCCUUCAUUUCAAUCUACGUCCUGGAGGGUUUUGUCAGGAUGAUGCCGAUCCAGACGUCUGCCUGCAAUUUUCAGACCUCCUCACAGAGUCGAUCAGCCUUUUCCUGCACUCCGCACUUAUGAGAAUGGAACAGCAGCAGCAGGCCCAGAACAAAACUGCAGCUGAGAACAGCAAUCACCGGAGAUCAGAACUGGAUGAACUGCGUAAACUAAAGGCUUCCGUUAGUGAGACUAUCGAGGCUAAACAUAUCAGAAUGGGUGGGAUCUUUCCUCAUCUUGUGGCGCAAAAGAGAUGA